AUGUGUCUGGUGUCAUGUGAUUGCACAAAAUCCCAACAUCUGGGAGACUUUUAUGUCCUCUUCAAUCCUUGGUGCUCUGAUGACCCUGUGUAUUUAGACAAACAAGAUCAGAGAGAAGAGUAUGUCCUGAAUGAGCAUGGGAUUAUAUUCCAGGGUCUUCCCAAACACAUAACUGCUCAACCAUGGCAUUUUGGACAGUUCCAAGAUGAUAUUCUGGAUAUCUGCCUGAAAAUUCUGGACACAAGUACAAACUUCCUGCGUGAUCCUGGCAUGGACUGUGCCUGUCGUAAUGACCCUGUGUACAUCAGCAGGGUGUUGAAUGCUAUGAUCGGUUGUCAUAAGAAGAAAAGCAUCCUGAAACUUCCAUCCAGUAAUAAUUACCUGCAUGGACUCAAUCCUUCAGUAUGGAAUGGAAGUGUCCCUAUCCUUCGGCAGUGGAACCAGGGCAAAUGUAAACCCAUCAAGUAUGGACACUGUGGGACUUUUGCUUCUGUAUUGUGUACAGUUAUGAGGUGCUUGGGAAUCCCAAGCCGAGUUGUCACAGGCUUCUAUUGUUCUUUGAAUGCUGCUGACCCUCUCAGCGUCCAGGAGGUUUUUGACUAUACAGGCAAAACUUUAAAUGGCAAAGAACAUACCUGGAUAUAUCACUGCUGGAAUGAAUCUUGGAUGGUCAGAAAAGAUAUAAAUCAAUCUGGGAGUGAUUGGCAAUACCUGGAUCCAACACCUGUAGAGACUAGUAAAGGGUUAGUGUGCAGCGGUCCUAUUUGGGUCAAAAGCAUCAGAGAUGGAGAUGUGGAUAUUGACUCUGAUGGCCACCAUGUAUUUUGUAUGUUAAAUUCAAGGAGUGCUGCUUGGGUUUCUCAAGGCAAAGGCAAGAAGACAAAACUUCACUGUGAUAGCUGGCCUUGUGGGCAAUGUAUCAGCACCAAGACUGUUGGUAGGGAUCUACGUGAAGAUGUCACUGAUGCUUAUAAGCAUGAAUUGGGUUCUGUGCAAGAGAAAAAAGCCUUCUACAAAGCUUGCAGAAAAAUUAAUUCUCGUUACCUCAAUGCUCCAAAUUCUGAGAUUGAUAAAGAUAUAGCAUCCCACAGAAACAAAAGCCUGAAAGACGCUGGGAUUACAAUGAAAUUUAAGAUGGCUAAUUGUCCUUUAUAUGGUCAAGAUGUUCAAAUAAAGUGGGUGCUUGAAAACCUCUGUAAUGAGACCCAAGACAAGAAAUUUAACCUUUGCGCUCAGGGAAUGAUGCACAAUGGAUGUUCAUUGGAUCAGCUCUGGAAAGAGAGUAUGCAUGUCAUGCUCGGCCCAAAAGAAGUGAAAACAAUCCCGAUAGACAUACCAUACAAAGAUUAUAGAUCUCACCUUUGUGAUCAUAAUAUUAUGAGAGUGGUUGCAGUCUCAAUGCCAGGGCCUAAAGGGGAAACCAUUAUGGUGGAGAGAGAUGUCUUGAUUGACGGUCUACCCAUUGAGAUAAAGAUUUUAGACCGUCCCAAGCUGAAUGCACCAUGCUCUACAGAAGUCACCUUCUCUAAUCCCCUCAAGGAGGACCUCAGGAAUUGUGUGCUGAACCUGGAAGGCUAUGGACUGUUUGGUGAACCAAUCACUACUGAAUUGGGAACACUGGCUGCUAAUCACAAGGCACAAACGUCUGUAGAGUUUACUCCCAACCGGCAUGGCAGACACCAAUUCAUCGCCAGCAUCAGCUGUGAUAACUUCUGCAAUUGCAAAGGGUAUGCCAGUGUAGAUAUGGGCAAUCUGCCAACAACAUCUGGAGAAGGAGGUGCAUGA